AUGGUGAAGCUGAACAGUAACCCCAGUGAGAAGGGAACCAAGCCGCCUUCGGUUGAGGAUGGCUUCCAGACCGUCCCUCUCAUCACUCCCUUGGAGGUUAAUCACUUACAGCUACCUGCUCCGGAAAAGGUGAUUGUGAAGACAAGAACGGAAUAUCAGCCCGAACAGAAGAACAAAGGGAAGUUCCGGGUGCCGAAAAUCGCUGAAUUUACGGUCACCAUCCUCGUCAGCCUGGCCCUAGCUUUCCUCGCCUGCAUCGUGUUCCUGGUGGUUUACAAAGCCUUCACCUAUGACCACAGCUGCCCAGAAGGAUUUGUCUAUAAGCACAAGCGCUGUAUCCCGGCCUCCCUGGAUGCUUACUACUCAUCCCAGGACCCCAGUUCCAGAAGCCGCUUCUACACGGUCAUCAGCCACUACAGCGUGGCCAAGCAGAGCACUGCCCGGGCCAUCGGGCCGUGGCUGUCGGCAGCCGCCGUCAUCCACGAGCCCAAGCCGCCCAAGACCCAGGGCCAUUAG